AUGGCUGAACCCAAUACCAACCAGUCAAACGGUGUCUCGACAACAUCGAAUAUACCUCCCGCAACCACCUACACGCCUCGAUACAUUGAUAUCGGCAUCAACUUGGCAGACCCCAUUUUUCGGGGCCGCUACCAUGGCAAAUCACGGCACCCAGACGACCUCAAGGGGGUCGUGGGGAGAGCCAUUGAGGUUGGGUGUUCCAAACUCAUCGUGACGGGCUCGUCGUUCAAGAGCUCGAGGGACGCACUCAAACUCGCCAAGGAAUUCCCCGGCACCGUCUUCGCAACCGCGGGCAUCCACCCCUGCAGCAGUUCCAUCUUCAGCUCCACCCACCACAAACACCACGACGAGAGCCAGAGCGAGGGGGAGGACGGAGAAGAGGCCGAACACACCCCGGCCUGCGGCCCGGACCCAACCAAGCCGAUCCUCGACGGCGACGGCGUCGACCACGCCCGCAGCGCCAAGAUCAUGACCGACCUCGCCGACCUCAUCACCCAAGCCCGCAGCAGCAGCAACAACAACAGCAGCAGCAACACCCCCCGCCGCAGAGCUCGUCGCCUUCGGCGAGUUCGGCCUCGACUACGACCGGCUGCACUACUGCUCCAAAGAACUGCUGCUGCCGCUGCUGCCGCUGCUGCCGAAACCGAGGCUGUGGCUGCGGAUCCCACGGCUACCUCUGGAGCUGAAGGAGAAACAGUGAAGCCGGACCGGAGACAGAGACAGAAGAAGCCGCAACAACAACAGCAACAAGCCAAGAAGAACCAGAAGAAAGAGUCUGAGGUUCCCGAGCGGUACAAGGUGUCAAGAAGGAGAAGUGGGAAGAGGGCGCAUGUCAAGGGCGGAAUGAGCCAUGUAUAA